CAACUUGGUUCCCGCGCGGGUGCUGGGGCUGUGAGGCGCCGGGCGGUAGGCUGGUUUGUGGAUCGAAGAAGGAGGACGCCGGGGCCCGCCGACCAUCCGCUGCUACUAUGAUUCCGGUGUCGCUGGUGGUGGUGGUGGUGGGUGGUUGGACUGCCGUCUACCUGGCCGACUUGGUGUUGAAGUCAUCUGUGUAUUUUAAACAUUCUUAUGAAGACUGGCUGGGAAAAAAUGGAUUGAGCAUCUCUCCUUUUCAUAUAAGAUGGCAAACUUCAGUUUUUAAUCGUGCCUUUUACAGUUGGGGACGGCGGAAAGCAAGGAUGCUUUACCAAUGGUUCAAUUUUGGAAUGGUGUUUGGCGUAAUUGCCAUGUUCAGCUCCUUUUUUCUUCUUGGAAAAACAUUGAUGCAGACUUUGGCACAGAUGAUGGCUGACUCUUCUUCUUCCUCUCCUUCCUCUUCUUCCUCUUCCUCAUCUUCCUCUUCUUCAUCUUCCUCUUCCUCCUCUCUUCACAAUGAACAGGUGUUGCAAGUUGUGGUUCCUGGUAUAAAUUUACCUGUCAAUCAGCUGACUUACUUCUUCGCUGCAGUCCUCAUUAGUGGUGUUGUACAUGAAAUUGGACACGGUAUAGCAGCUAUUAGGGAACAAGUUCGAUUUAAUGGCUUUGGAAUUUUUCUCUUCAUUAUUUAUCCUGGAGCAUUUGUUGAUCUGUUCACCGCCCAUUUACAACUUAUAUCACCAGUCCAGCAGCUGAGGAUAUUCUGUGCAGGUAUAUGGCAUAAUUUUGUCCUUGCUCUCCUUGGGAUUUUAGCUCUUGUUCUCCUCCCGGUAAUCCUCUUGCCAUUUUACUAUACUGGAGUUGGGGUACUUAUCACUGAAGUCGCAGAGGAUUCACCUGCCAUUGGACCCCGAGGCCUUUUUGUGGGAGACCUUGUCACUCAUCUUCAGGAUUGUCCUGUUACUAACGUGCAAGAUUGGAAUGAAUGUUUAGAUACCAUUGCAUAUGAGCCCCAAAUUGGUUACUGUAUAAGUGCAUCAACGUUACAACAAUUAAGCUUCCCAGUUAGAGCAUACAAACGACUAGAUGGUUCUACUGAAUGCUGUAACAAUCACAGCCUCACAGAUGUGUGUUUUUCCUACAGAAAUAAUUUUAAUAAGCGUUUGCAUACAUGUCUACCUGCCCGGAAAGCAGUUGAAGCUACUCAAGUUUGUAGAACCAACAAAGAUUGCAAAACCAGCUCAAGUUCAAGUUUCUGUAUAGUACCAUCAUUGGAAACUCACACUCGAUUAAUAAAAGUGAAACAUCCACCUCAAAUUGAUAUGCUGUAUGUAGGGCAUCCACUGCAUCUUCACUACACAGUGAGCAUCACGAGUUUUAUCCCACGUUUCAACUUUCUAAGCAUAGAUCUGCCAGUGAUUGUGGAGACAUUUGUCAAGUAUCUGAUUUCUCUUUCUGGAGCUCUGGCUAUUGUUAAUGCAGUGCCCUGCUUUGCCUUGGAUGGUCAAUGGAUUCUAAACUCUUUCCUGGAUGCUACCCUUACCUCGGUGAUUGGAGACAACGACGUCAAAGAUCUGAUCGGAUUUUUCAUCUUGCUUGGCGGCAGUGUACUGUUGGCUGCCAAUGUGACACUGGGACUCUGGAUGGUGACAGCACGGUAAUAUUUGCUCUCCUCCAACAGGAUGUAUGAAGUACAGCUGCAUGGCAACAUCUGUUGCCACUGAAAUUCUUACUAGGUAUGAAGUGUAAAGUGUUUCCUUAAAACGUCUGGGCCAACAUCUUUGAGCUCCUCCUAUAUCUAGAGAAUCCAAACUCUGUAGUAGAAAAGGAGUGGAAGAAA